AUGAGUAUGACCUCCAGCAUACGAGCUGAAUGGAUCGCCGUAGUUACCAUUGCUGCUGGGGCAGCUGCCAUUGGUUAUCUAGCUUACGAAAGAGUUUAUGUCAAAGAUCAUCGCAGCAAGUCCAUGGUAAACCCUCACAUCCAAAAAGACAACCCCAAGUUAGUACACGCAUUUGACAUGGAGGAUUUGGCAGAUAAAACUGUGUGCCGCCGUUGCUGGAGGUCCCAAGAGUUCCCAUUCUGUGAUGGAGCUCACACAAAACACAGUGAAGAAACUGGCGACAACGUGGGACCUCUGGUCAUUAAGAAAAAGACACUUAAACAGACACUUCUGAUGCUGCAAACCAACUUGUCGUGA